CCCCCUCCAAUCUCUUUCUCUCUCUCUCUCGCUCACUCUGUUUUUCUCUAAUUCUGCCCCAAAUCGCUGAUAUCUCAAUAUCUCAAGCGAUCGGGCUAGCAGGCUGGAGAUCCAUCGGGGUGAGGACCGAUUCCUCGUGUUGCUGAAAGAUGGCGAGGAUACCGUCGCUGAAGAACCUCAAUGCGUUUCCGCACGCGGAAGAGCACUUGUUGAAGAAGACUUACUCUGGCGCUAUCGUGACAAUUAUCGGGCUAAUUAUAAUGGUCACACUGUUCGUGCAUGAGCUGCAGUUUUAUCUUACCACCUACACAGUGCAUCAGAUGUCUGUAGAUCUGAAACGAGGAGAAACUCUGCCAAUUCAUAUAAAUAUGUCAUUUCCUUCUUUGCCAUGUGAAGUAUUGAGUGUGGAUGCAAUCGACAUGUCUGGGAAACAUGAAGUUGAUUUGAAUACAAAUAUUUGGAAGCUACGCUUGGAUAGGUAUGGCCAUAUCAUUGGUACAGAGUACUUGUCUGAUCUAGUUGAAAAGGAACAUGGGGCUCAUGAUCAUGACCAUGGCCAUGAGCAUCAUGAUGAACAAAAGAAGCACGAACACACCUUCAAUGAAGAUGCGGAGAAAAUGGUUAAGAGUGUCAAACAAGCACUGGAAAAUGGUGAAGGAUGCCGAGUGUAUGGGAUUUUAGACGUGCAGAGGGUUGCGGGUAACUUCCACAUCUCUGUGCAUGGUUUAAACAUUUUUGUUGCUGAGAAGAUUUUUGAAGGUUCAAGCCAUGUGAAUGUCAGUCAUGUUAUUCAUGAUCUGUCCUUUGGCCCUAAGUAUCCAGGAAUUCAUAAUCCUCUGGAUGAAACCACAAGGAUACUUCAUGACACAAGUGGAACUUUCAAAUAUUAUAUCAAGAUCGUUCCAACUGAGUACAGAUAUAUCUCAAAGCAAGUAUUGCCAACAAAUCAGUUUUCUGUCACGGAGUAUUUUGUUCCCAUUCGUCCAACUGAUAGGUCCUGGCCAGCUGUUUACUUCCUGUAUGAUCUUUCACCAAUUACAGUCACCAUCAAAGAAGAAAGACGGAACUUCCUGCAUUUCAUAACUCGUCUAUGUGCAGUUCUUGGGGGCACAUUUGCCAUGACAGGAAUGCUUGAUCGAUGGAUGUACCGGCUUAUUGAGUCUGUCAGUAACUCAAAGACCAGAAGCGUGCUGCGGUAACUGCGCACUGGAUGGUUACCUGUGGCUAAUCAAGCCAAUCAGGACCCGGAUCCUCUGCAUUAAUGAUGGAUUAAUGCAGAGGAUCACUGGUGCACAGUAAAUUUGGUUGCUACAGUGAUGCAUAUUAGCUAACCACAUUGUACUGUAGCAACAGUAAUCUAGUUGGCUGUCCAGUCGAUCUGGUACUGUAGCACACUACUAUAGUGACACUGUGCCAUACCAAUCCUAUGCAUCCACAUGAAAUCAACGACUGACCUAAUGUAUUUUA